AUCGCCACGCGAAGAGGAAGAACAGAGAGCCGUAAACAAGAUCCAAACACAUGACAAUAUGUGUUACUAUUGAUAAACGUUUCGCCACGACACCAAAACGACAGCUAAGCAAACAUGUAAACAUACAAAACGUCAUUUUGUUAGUAAACAAUAUUUCCAGUAUGACGGUUACGCGUGACUGCCUUGACUAACGAAUCGGGAGACGAGGAUUACGGACCGCAGGUAUAAAUACAGUUACCCAUCUCGCACUAUUGUAUAUCGACAGGUACCCGGUAUCCCGACAGGUCACGUGUGCACGUAGUCGUGGUGGAGGAUGGGAUGCAAGAGUGUGUAUCCAGGCGUGUAUGCAUGUGAGUGCGUGUUGACUAGCGCACGCGCGCUCGUUGUGCUCCAGCUCUCAACCUGCCUCCACCCUCUUGUUACUGCUGUUCCGUCAAUUGAUUUUCCUCCCGUCUGUUUGGGAGGAUGAUUGUGGCGGCGCUGCAAUUCUGUGCACGUAGGCAGCACUGCGCAUGCUCCGAGCCAGCGGCUGAACACUGCGGCGGUGACACGGCUCCCGACCCCAUUCAUCGUCUUCCUCGCGCUACGCUUGACCACGGCGGAGACCCAACAGAAACAGGCACAAAGUGUCGGUAGGCUGGAAGACUAAAAGCGGGCUGUAAAGCAAGUGAAGCUCACAGGAGGAGGUGUGGUGGAGACUGCUAGCAGCCUACAGGAGCUGUAUGUGCAGCGAAGAAAACCUACUGCAGUCUUCCUUUCAUUCAACCAGUUAAUGCUGCUUUUAUGUAGCAUUUCGCCAGCCAAAGAGACUUCCCAUUUGUAGUCUGGCAAAAACUUUGUGAACACCUUUUCGUAAUCUGGGGUCUGGAUAAAAAAAAGGGGGAGUGUAUACGGCAGAAACUAGAAAAAGACAUUCCUGGUACGGCCAGCUGGUCUGCGCCACUGCUCUGUCGUCACAUCUGGCUGCGUCCACACGCUGGCAAAGCAACCACUUGAGCCCACCGAUGACACAGCCAUGGGUGUUUGUCGACCCUCUACCCGCCGUAAGUACUUUCUGCUACUGCUGCUCCUGUCGGCAGUGUAUCUGUUGUACCUGCUCUUCCCGUGUCCACAGCGCUCCAGUUACGUGAUGGUGCCGCGCGACAAGGUGCAUUUUAUGUACGAUGGCGACAACCGCGCCAUCCCCUACGACGAGAACAUGGAGGUCAUCUUCAUUGGGGGCAUGCCGCGCAGCGGUACCACCCUCAUGCGCGUGAUGCUGGACGCGCAUCCGCUGGUGCGCUGCGGUGAAGAGACCCGUGUCAUUCCGCGCAUCCUGGGCCUGCGUACGCAGUGGGAGCGAACCCCGAUGGAGAAGAAGCGGCUGGAGGCGGCGGGACUCAGCAGCGAGGUUCUGGACUCCGCUGUGCGGGCCUUCAUCAUGGAGAUCAUCGCUAAGCAUGGCGAGGCGGCGCCGCGCCUGUGCAACAAGGACCCUUUCACGCUCAAGUCAGCCAUCUACCUGUCGCAGCAGUUCCCGCAGGCCAAGUUCAUCCUAAUGGUGCGCGACGGCCGCGCCGUGGUGCACUCCAUUAUUACGCGCAAGGUCACCAUUUCGGGCUUUGACCUGGGCAACUACCGCCUAUGCCUGCAGAAGUGGAACCAGGCCAUGGAGUACAUGUACACGCAGUGUCUGCGUGUGGGCCCCGCCCGUUGCAUGCCGGUGUACUACGAGCAGCUUGCCCUCCACCCACGUGAUUGGAUGGGCAAGAUCUUGCACUUCCUCAGCCUGCCCUGGAACGAGUCUGUUAUGCACCAUCAGGACUUCAUCGGCGAGAAGGGCGGCAUCUCUCUGUCAAGGACUGAGAAGUCUACAGACCAGGUAAUCAAACCCGUCAACAUCGAGGCUCUGUCCAAAUGGGUGGGCGAGAUCCCGGAUGAUGUCGUCAGCGACAUGCACAACAUCGCGCCUAUGCUGCUGACACUUGGCUACGACCCCUAUGCCAACCCCCCGAACUAUGGGAAGCCCGACCCGGAAGUGGCAGACAACACGCUGCACAUACGGACCAACCGUGAGUUCUGGAAGCAGAAGGAGAAGGACAUUUUCGACCACCUGGACGUGGACGAAAACCCCAAGCAGCGACCGUCCAAGAAUGGGGUGGUAGAACUGGGGAUCCGGGAAGGCCAGGGUCAAGGACACGAGAAUGACGCAAACAGAUAUGCAAAUGAGUCUGGCAGAAGUAGAUGAUAUUAUGAGGUGGUAGAAGGACCUUUUUAUGGCGUGCUGUAAGGAUCGUGCGAGAGAGAGAGAGUCGCCGGACCAGAGAGAACAAUGGUAACGGCGUACAGCGUGCAGAGAACACACGCGCAUGACGGGACCCUCUCUACAAGGGUUUUCUUUCUGUUGUGUGUGUAUUGCGGGUAGGGGGAAAGGAAGCGAACGUGAACUUUGAAUCCAUUGCUCAGAUCUCGUUGGUCCCUCUGCAUGUCGAGUUUUUUCUUCUUUCUUUUUCUGUCCCGAGCAAACAAGAAAUCCAAAGUCAAGGUGUUGGUUGUUAUGGACUGUUUAGACGAAGGCACUUUGCCGUUGUUUGAAAAUGUGAACUAAUACUAGGGCACUGUUGAUGAUAUGUAAUGUUACCAGAUAUGCUAAACGUUUGUGAACAGAAAACUGAAAUGCAUAAUGUCCUGUUACUUUGGUCGGUGUAGAUCUCUCAAAGCGUUGUCAUUCUUUCUCUCCCUCUUUUUUUUUUUUUUUUGACAUUUGACUUUGGAGUGGAAAGUUCUAGAGCAAGGGUCGGUGCGUGGGGAGUGAUUGAGCGAACCACUGGUCUUGCCUCGUGCUGGGCGCGCGAACAGCCUCUGAUGACGCAAGCAGCGACCUCUGUUUUGGUCUGACGCAGUCUCUGGAGACGUUCGUUCUCGCGAGGGGCGGCGAGAUGUAACUGGCGGUGAGUUCGUCAGCGAGCGACAGCAACGUGGUACGGCUGCAUCGUGCAAAAACCUUGCGGAUCACAUUCCACCCCCACAACACCUACUUUAAGAUGUCAGCGCAGUUAGAAGACCGAAGGCCGUGUUUAUCAGCUCAAAAACAAACAAUCGGACAGAGGAGCAGAGAUCUGUUUAAUUCCGAUGAGUGAGAGAAGUUGCAGUAUGUUUUAUAAAUCGCAGAGAUGGUAAUGCCUUGUUGGCCUCGGAAUUUUCGGGAUUUUGCUUAUAAUAUUCUAUUUCCGUUAUCACAAACAGGAGCUAAAAAUUCUCAAAUUGUUAAACAUUGCAAAUGUAUUUUAUUCCUUAGUUUGCAGCGAUUCGAAAAGUUUAUAGUAAUUGAGGUCAUAAUAAUAAGUAAUACUUAAUUAACCGUCAGAACAAACAUGUUCCAAUGGAAUUAGAAGACAGUGGAAGAUAAAGUUAUACAUGAAAUGGACAAUAGAAGAUUGGAGACUCAAUCAGGCAGUGUCCAUAAAAAAAUCUGUAUCACCACACAUCAUCAGAGCAUACCUUAUGGACUACGCAUCCUUGCUUCCAAUGGUACUAAAAUCCAUUAAAGCAACAGCAAACCACAAAAAUCUGCGAACAUCAUAUUUUCACAGAUAAGGUUAUACAUGUAGCGCAAAGAAAUAUAGGUUUUGAGCACCGGUCGCGGCGUUCUAGCCCGAUAUCGGGCCAGGUAUCACUCAGGUGAACUGGAUAUUUGCAUCACACAUAACAGAACCAGCGGUCUAGAGAGACUGGGUUACAUUUUUUAAAAUUAGGAUUCGAACUGAUUGGGUUCAGGAACUUCCAGUUGGGGAGAUGACCGUUGCUCGCUACAGUUAUUUCUCGGAAAGUAGAUUGGAAGCUGGACUCAGGAGAGCUACGUGAGUUCAGCGGCGUUCCGCUUUUCCUGUAUCUAAAGGGUAAUCUGUCAAUGAGAGAGCUACAGAAUCGCAAGAAAGGGGUGAUGUAGGACUCCACUCCUCCUUCCUUUGACUUCUGUUCCAGAAUUCACAUUUACCGCUUGUAUGACGAACAGCUGCAGGAUCACUUAGCACGCAAACAAUAUUUUCGGUCACUUUCAGACUUUUGUGCACUCAGUUUAUGAAACUACCUUUAAGAAUUUUUUUUAUUUUGUAAUUGAAUGUUUUAUUCUUUUUUGAACCUUUGAGUUUUACAGCCUUCAUUGAGAUUAUCAGCUGGUCUUCACUGAAACAUGAGCAGUGUGACAGAAACGGUGCUUCAAGCUUAGACGAGAGAGAACAGACGGGUGUACUGUUUAGUCCGGUAUAGUAGACAACCUGUUCAUUGCACAGGAAAUGAUUAUACAGCACUGCAAGAUGUGCCGGGGAGGACGUUGGUGAAAAGUGUCGCUCCUUGUCUAAUGAACUGUUAAAAAAAAGUUGUUUCCUCAGCUCAAGAACUGGUAUGACCGUUAUAUUUCUCCACUACAGGGAUUUUGCGUUCUGGAACCGCACAUGAAAUAGUUAACUGAACUUGCCAGCCUGAUUCCUCUUCCCCCCUGUUCCCCCCAUCCACUUGUUUACCGUGCCUCAUGCAUUCCCCUUCUUCCAUGACGGCUCGUCCCUUUUACUCCUCCCUUUUUUGCGUGUUUGAACAGAUCGGUGUGUGUGCGCGUGUAGUGAGCUUUGCCACGUGACGUAAACUGCCUUUUUUCUUCAAAUCUUUUUUCUCGAAAUUACUCCAUUUCUCCGUUGACAAGCGAAGGUCGAGAAGUCCACCCGUCGUGGAUAAUGUGGUGCGAACUGGAUGGAAAUGGAGCAUUUUGGUGGCCGGUCGUCCAUCAAGCAAUUAAAGGUCUUUUCUUGCUGCUCGCUGCAUGUCCACUGGCUUCCGAGAAAAAGCGCGAUUAAUAUUGGAUUUAUUUGCGUCCGUUCGUUGUUAUUUUAAUUGAUUGAUCAGGAUUGCAUGUGUCAGUUCUUUCAGCGGAUCUGUUGUUGUAUGCUAUUGAUGUAUAUCAUACAUUCGUUUAUUUUUUUAUUUUAAUUUUGCGACUUUAGUCUUUAAUUGGUGAUUAAUCUUUUGGCUGCAGAAAGUGUCUCUUGUUGGAACGCUUGCUUUCAAUGCGCAAACAAUGGUUAGAACAUUUUCGUUGCUGAAUGACACCUACCUUAGAAUGUAAUGGAAGAAAAGCUUUACAGAACUGAAGUUGUGGCCCUCUCAAACAAUACGUACAUGAGUCGGUCAGCACUAAUAGGAACAGACAGAAGUGGAUUAGGGAAACAUGGUAAAGCAGAGGUGGUGGGGGAAACAGCAGUCCGGAGAGAAAUCGUCUUUUUUUGUCUUAAUCAGCUAACUUAUGCAUCAAACUGGCACAUGCCUUUCGCAGUAAUGAACUCUUUCUGAAAUCGGGUAAAGGAUGAUUCAAACGAAACCAAUAUCACUUCACCUGUUUGUUAAAAAUUAGAACAUGGUUUCUGCUGAGCCCCAUCGACUACAUCCACAAAACAGAGGUGUGAGUACAAGCGUCGUGUUCUACUCUAACAAAGAGAAUUAGUUUCCUGUGAUGUAGAAGUAAUAUAAGCUGUGUGCUGAUGAAUCGGGACUUGCGUACUGUCUUGUGAGAGAUGGUCACAAUUGACAACAAACCACGGAGAAACAUCCAUUGUAGAUUGCCUCUGUAUUCUUGAAAAAAAGUUAAUAAUUCAAAUCUAACAGUAUUGAAAUUGGUGUACUAUCUCCACAAGUUGUUACUAAUGUCUUUUUGUUUCUUUGUUGGUGCUAUAUAAAGAGACGACUAAGCAUCGUU